GGAGUGGGACAGCAGCCGUACAGGGACAGAAAACAGCAAUAAGCAACGUCUAAAGGGGUCAAACCUGUCUGUGUUUGGACUGAAAGAGACAGACGAAGCUCCUCGGGAAUACGGAGUACCUCUCCUCGACCAUAUUUUCGGUGACCGUGUCGGUUCUCACUUUUAAUUACCGAGCAGUACAUGGGACUCAUGGAGAAAAGGAGAGCAGGCGGAGACGACGACAUCAAAGGGGCUCCCGGGUCAGUAGAUAUAGCCAUAGCACCGUUCAGACCGAUAUUUAAAACGCAGAAAAUGAACAGCCGCUCAGAAAAGGAAUGAGCUUUGUAACAAGCCGGUUUUGUUCAGUGUCGGGAGCCUCUUGGUUGUUAUUUCAGGGGAAGAAAAGACGUGCCUAUGCGCGUCUGGUCACUAAAAAAAAAACAACAGUAAAGGCCAGUAUUUUGUGAGUCGUGCCCUCCCAUGCCAAAGAAGAAAUCGAGUUUCCAGAGCUCUAGUUUUGUAGCGUUUUCUUCAGAUAGCCUCGGUAAAUGCUGCACCUUUGUCUCCUUCUCUUUGUUACUCGACACAAGCAGGCACCAGCUGAGGCAACACUUCUCUCACUCCUGAGCCCUGUAUGUUUUUUUCAUGUGAAACUUUUCAACCUCUUUUUUCUAAGUGCUGAAAGUUGGAGAGGGAAACCCCCUUUUCUAGUGAUCCUCCUCCUCCUCUCAUCUCUCCCUCCACAAUAAGAGGCACAUUGCAGGUAUGGAGGAGCAGGCCCGCAUGAUGUUGGGUCAUAUUGGACUAAGUGGACUGUCUCAUGAGGAUGUGGAUAAUCACACCCUCGGUCAGCCGCAGCAGGACAUUGGGGACAUCCUCCAGCAGAUCAUGGUCAUCACAGAUGAGAGUCUGGAUGAGGCCCAGGCCAGGAAACAUGCUUUAAACUGCCACAGAAUGAAGCCGGCCCUCUUCAGUGUCCUGUGUGAGGUCAAAGAAAGGACAGCCCUAAGCAUCCGAGGCGUCCAGGAAGAAGACGCUCCAGACCCUCAGAUCUUGCGCCUGGACAACAUGCUGUUAGCAGAGGGGGUUGCAGGUCCGGAGAGGGGCGGGGCCUCUGCAGCUGCAGCAGUGGUUGCUGCAGCAGCCGGAGGGUCGCCUGAUGAGGGGGGUUUAGAGCACGGCGAGUACAAAGAAAAGCUCGCUCAGAUCAGACGGAUGUACCACUCUGAGCUGGAGAAAUACCAACAGGCGUGCAAUGAAUUCACCGACCAUGUGAUGAAUCUGCUGAGGGAACAGUCCCGUACGCGGCCCAUCUCCCCCAAAGAGAUAGAGCGAAUGGUUGGAAUCAUUCACCGCAAGUUCAACACUAUCCAGAUGCAGUUAAAGCAGAGCACAUGUGAAGCCGUCAUGAUCCUACGCUCCAGGUUCCUGGACGCCAGGCGGAAACGAAGAAACUUCAGCAAGCAGGCGGCCGAGAUUUUGAACACAUAUUUUUACUCCCAUCUGGCAAACCCCUACCCCAGUGAGGAGGCAAAAGAGGACCUGGCCAGAAAGUGCUCCAUCACUGUUUCUCAGGUGGCCAACUGGUUUGGAAACAAGAGGAUUCGGUAUAAAAGAAACGUUGCAAAGUUGCAGGAGGAAGCUAACCGGUAUGCUGUGAAGACAGCUGUUGAUGCCGCCUGCGUGUCUUUACAGGCGAGCCAAGCCAGCUCUCCAGCCACACCAAACUCAGGAGGAUACCCGGCCCCGUGUUUCACCCCUGACGGGAGGUUAUGAGGACCUUCCCCAGAGGAGUUUCCAGUUUCCACAGUGAUGAUGACUGGCGGGACAGCGGUGAUUCCUUUUCCCAUCUCUCUCCCACCCAGAGCAGCAAGGAGCAAGCACAACAUCACCUUCAGCUGAUGCUCCACCUUCCCUCCCCGUCCUGUCCCAGUACAACCCAGACUGUAGGCCGACCUCCAGCUGAGCCACAGAAUAUUACCAAAACUCUGCAACUUUUCCUUUGUUUUGCUUUGUGAUACUGAUCCUUUUUUAACACCUCUGAGUUUUUUAACCCCUCCACUUCAUGAAUGUGUUGACAAAUAUUUUUGUUUUAUUCUUUUUACUAUUACUUACGCCAACUUUCUUUGAUUUUUUUUAAAAAUAAUAAAUAAACGAAUGAGGAAAAUGACCUUUUUUUAGUGUACUGCUUCACCCUCAGUGAGUCACGCACUGUUUGAAGGUUUAGUAUGUGUCCUU